UGUUGCGUGUGCCGUCACUACUGCGUGCGUACGUGAAGGAAAAUGGCGAGAAACGCCGCAACAGCAUGUAGUACUCUUCUUCUCCUAAUUGCAGCUGCAACGACGCUACUAGUACCAGCAGCCAGUGCGGCCAAGCUAGUGGCUGGCAAGGACGCUGCGACGGCGACGGCGGCGGAGGCGGCUCUUGGUAGCACCGUGGCGCCGUGGGUGGAGGCCGACGCCGGCGGCGUCGUCGGCGGGAUGAUGAUGGUGGCGGCGGCGGCAGGCAGCGUGGAGUACGGGCAUGGAGGAGUACACCACCGGCGCGUCCUGCAGGCGCGGGGUGGUGGCAACGUCAACCCGUCGCUGGUGGCCGACCGGCAGAGGUGCAUCGGCAGCUGCCCGGCGCGAGGGGGAUCGUACACCGGGAGGGGCAACCAGUGCAUCUACCACAACCGAUCGUGUUAAGUACGUACGUACCUCGCGACCGAUUUUGUUGGGCGCGUUGCCGUUGGAUAAUAAUCUUGGUGCAUGAUGAGAGACGUUGAGGAAAUGUUGACGUUGGAUGUUACGAACUUUCGGUCUAUACAGUAUAUAUGCUACCUUCUUCCUUUCUUCUUUUUUUGUGUGUGUGUGUGGUGGGGGUUACGAAUUGAUUGCCGUGAUAAUGAAUAUGUUACCAAUCUUGGUGAGUGGUCUACGGUAAAUAAAAAGAUUUCCGGUAGAAAUA